CGGCAUAGCAUCACUCGUGUGCUACGCGCCUCGCGUGUUGUACGGUGUGUCAGACUUCGAACUGCGCUGCAAGCUUUCGACCUUUGUGCUAACUGUUCAAUCAUGAGACCGUUGUCUAGAAAAAAGAAAGUGUUGCUUGUCAUGAAAAUGAUGACGUUGCUGCUAAUGCUGAAGAGGAGGCGACGUCGGUACCAGCGGCAACCGCGACGAUGGUGGGUUCGGCCCGUGUUUGCAGCACGCAAGCAAGAAGGACUUUACUACACAGCAAUGCGCCGUAUGCGUGAAGGCGACCACGCCUUCUUCUUCAAGUUUUACCGUAUGACGCCUCAGAUGUUUGAUACAUUGCUGACAUUUGUUGUAACAGACCUAACUUGUCAGAACUUCAUAAGAGAACCCUUGGAGCCAGCUGAACGGCUGGCAAUAGCAUUAAGUUACCUGGCAUCAGGCCAAGACAUCUGUAAUGUCGCACUUGCAUAUCGUGUUGGCAUUGAAACUGCACGAAUGUGCAUACACGUCACAUGUCGGUCCCUCUGGGCACGACUAAAGGAUCACUAUAUGAAGGUACCCAGCAGAGCUGAGUGGGAGAAGAUAGCCCAGGGCUUUUCGAUGCGAUGGCAGUUCCCGAACUGCCUAGGUGCUGUGGACGGCAAACAUGUUGCCAUUGUUAGCCCUCCUAACUCUGGCAGCGUCUACUUCAACUACAAGGGCACAUUCUCUGUGGUCCUAAUGGCUGUGGUCGACAGUGACUGCAAGUACACCCUCAUCGAUGUGGGAGCCGAGGGUCGCCUCAGUGAUGGUGGCACAUUCAAAAACUCUGAGUUUGGACGUGCCCUCACUCAAGGAGACUUGGAUAUACCAUCACUGAAUUGGCUUCCUGGCUCUGCAACAAAUGCACCAUAUGCCUUCGUAGGCGACGAGGCUUUUCAGCUGAGAGAGGAUUUUCUUCGUCCUUAUCCAGCCAGGCAGCUUGAUGAUGAAAGACGGGUCUUCAACUAUAGGCUAAGCCGAGCAAGGCGCUGUGCAGAGAACGCAUUUGGGAUAACGGCGGCCAGAUGGAGAAUUCUGCUACGUACCAUCCACUUGAAACCGAAGAAUGUGGACUUCGUUAUCAAGGCUGCUUGUAUUCUGCACAAUUUUCUCACUGUCCACAACCCACAGUCACACAAGUUCACCGAUACAGAGGACAGCUUUGGUAACCUCGUCGCAGGACAGUGGCGACAAGGUGUCCAACAAGCAUCGGGAAACAACUCGGAACCCCACUUCUUCCCGAUAAAGGCAACACAUUGCAGGAACUACCUUGGUAAUGCGGCAACCAGCAGGAACCUUUUCGCAGCAUACUUUUGUAGCAGUGCUGGGGAGGUUCCUUGGCAAUGGAAUCUCCCUGGGGUGUCCAAAGAAGCAGUUGUCAAGCGGCUACGGGAGCAGACACAUCUAACAAUUCAGUAAUGUCUUUGGCUAGCGGCUCCCUGGUGACUUGGGGCAGCCGCUCCUUGUGCCGUAGACGUCGAGGCUGGGGAUGAUGCUGAGGCUGGCGCUGGGGAUGAUGCUGAGGCUGGCGCUGGGGAUGACGUCGAGGCUGACGAGACCUGGGACGCUGAUACCAGGCCUGACAGAUCAGAAAAAUCUGAUUGUUCAUCCAAAUCCUGGUCUUCAAAUUGGGCAAUGCCCAUUAAAAGCCUUUCUGCACUACUGUGCUGCUGGUUCCCCCCUAGUGGCUCACUUGUGUCCAGCUGCUGGCUCGCCUCCUCUCUCGGGCUUGCAGGCACUACAUAAUUGCCUGAAGUGCUGCACAUAAGAAAAAGUGCAUGUUUUCUAUGUUGUGACGUUUUGUAACAUUGCAAUAAAACAAAGUGAAACCA